AUUUUGCUAAUCGCUACUCACUUAGAGGUACAUACACACGACAGCUAAACCCCUCGAUGACUGUAUGAUGGCCGGUAUUUGGGACAAUUUUGUGGACAAUAUAAAGUCAUUUUUUGCAUGGGUUUGGGUAUAUUUGUGGGUGAUUUGGCUUUUUCUGGUUGGUGUACUUGUCUACAUUCUGAGAUCACCGUUGAAAGUUAUGGAAAACGUGAAUGUUGUUGCAAUGUUCUUGAAUACGCUCACUCCCAAAUUUUAUGUGGCGCUGACAGGGACUUCAUCUCUCAUCUCUGGCUUGAUUCUGAUCUUUGAAUGGUGGUACUUCCGUAAAUAUGGAACAUCGUUUAUUGAGCAGGUGUCACUUAACCACUUGUCCCCUUGGUUAGGAGGUGCAGAGAAUGGGGGAGGGACUUCUACUGGGCAACAGUCACCACCUGAGUGUAAAACAUGGCGGAAUCCACUGAACCUUAUACGAGGAGCAGAGUAUAAUCGGUACAACUGGGUGACGGGGAAAGAUCCAUUGACAUACUAUGACAUGAACCAGUCUGCACAAGAUCACCAAACAUUAUUUACCUGUGAUUCAGAUCCAACUAGACACCAGGAUGAGGUUAUGAUGAAAGCAUGGCGAGAGAGAAAUCCUCAGAAUCGUAUAAAAGCAGCACACGAAGCCUUAGAAAAAUCUGGAGAUUGUGCAACAGCAUUGAUUUUAUUAGCUGAAGAAGAAGCAACGACCAUCGUUGAUACUGAAAAAAAGUUUCGGCAAGCUCUCAAAAUUGCUGAGGCCAACUUCAAGAGAAGUCAGGCUCUGCAGCACCACAGCCCGCCUCAUGAGAAAAUACACAGAAGAGAUCUGAAUGUUCUGGUUUAUAUCAAGCGUCGAAUUGCCAUGUGCAUGAGGAAGCUUGGUAGAACAAAGGAAGCAGUGAAAAUGAUGCGUGAUCUGAUCAAAGAGUUUCCAGUAGUCAGCAUGUUUCAGAUCCAUGAGAAUCUCAUAGAGGCCCUCCUGGAGAUGCAGCUCUACGCAGAUGUCCAGGCUCUGCUUGCCAAGUAUGACGAUAUAAGUCUACCCAAGUCAGCCACCAUCUGUUACACAGCGGCGCUCCUCAAAGCCAGAACAGUGUGUGACAAAAACUCCAACAUCCAUAGCAGCUCCCAAAUUUCUCUUUCAUCGUUCAGGUUUUCGCCUGAGAUGGCAUCUAAGCGGGGGCUCUCAACCGCUGAAAUGAAUGCAGUGGAAGCCAUUCAUCGAGCUGUUGAGUUCAAUCCUCAUGUACCAAAGUACUUAUUGGAAAUGAAAAGCCUGAUCUUGCCACCAGAGCACAUCUUGAAGCGAGGGGACAGUGAGGCUAUCGCUUACAGCUUCUUCCACAUUGCACACUGGAAGAGAGUAGAGGGCGCACUUCAGCUUCUUCACUGUACAUGGGAAGGAACAUUUAGAAUGAUCCCCUACCCGCUGGAAAAGGGACACCUUUUCUACCCCUACCCCAGCUGUACAGAGACGGUAGAUAGGGAGUUAUUGCCUUCUUUCCAUGAGGUGUCUGUCUAUCCCAAGAAGGAGCUACCUUUCUUCAUCCUCUUCACAGCAGGGUUGUGUACGUUCACUGCCUCGUUGGCACUCCUAACACAUCAGUUCCCUGAACCCAUGGGUGCUAUCGCAAAAGCAUUCCUCUCAUCUCUGUCGGCGCCGUUCAGUUUUGUGAUGGAGAGACUUGAGGGCAUCAUACCAGCAAGCCUCUUACAGCAGUUAACACGUCUGUAAAGACCACCGUCACCACCACCAUCAAUCAUCAUCAUCAAGCUAGGAAGAGUUAUUUGAUGUCAUCAUCUGCACCUCUACCGGCUUAAGUUCUCUCACCAACCAACACAAAGUUGCGUAAAAUCCACCACUUUUUACCGGUGGCCUGCGACGGUUGGACUGUAUGAGCUGUGCUAUCAGUGUUUGUGUUUUAUUUUUCUGUUCACGUCAUACAAUGUUGUGUUCGUUUUCAAAUGGUUGGACAUGGCUGUUCCCAGUUCCGCUGUUUUUUUCUUCUGUUUUCUGUGUCUGUGAAACCUAUUGAACCUUGUGGCUGUUUUCUCUGAGCUUUUGAGAGAAAGAGAAUCAGUUAUUUACCUGCUCAGCGAAAGAAGAGAAUUGGAAAUGUUGAGGAGUAGGCUAAACAUAAUUUGCAGAAUUCUUAUCUGCACCAUGCAUUCAGACAUUUAACUUGUGGCUUAUUUAAUGUAUUUGCUUGUUGUUUGAAAAUAGCUUAUGAAAAGUGGGCAAAAUGGUUGUUAGAAAGUGAACAUAUGAAUUCUUUUCACUCCUUAGAUUCAAGAAAUUGCUCUGCCAUGUGUCUGUCACCUCUAGGCAUCCUAGAUUUAUUACAACUUCUUUACUCCAAUUUAGAGAGACUUCAGUUUCCAUUGCCAAGUUGUUUGUAAACAACUUGCUCAACAACAGUCCCUGUAUGUUUGUCCUGGGAAAUUUUCAUAUUUUACACAUAUUUUUUUUCUGCUUAAACCAAGUUCAUAUUUGUUAACAGUUAUUAGUAUAUUCCACAACUGGUAAAAUGCAAAGAUUAUCCCAAUUUGCAAUAUGAAUUUAAUUUUUGUGGUGAAAGACUAAAGGAAGGAAUUUUAUAUAUAUUUUUAUAUGAUUGAUAUCAAGUGUUUUGAAAAGUAGUUAAGGCAAAAAUCUCAAAGGAGGGGUGACUUUAGAUAUCAACAAAGGCACACCCCCUUGUCUGUUCUCAAGAGACUUGCCAUAUUCUUCCUGCAGAAAAAAAAUUAUUCAUCCAGUUUUCCAAGUUUUUUUGAAAGUGUAGUACGGUUUGAACAGAAGUGGGAAAAUAGCACCCUCCGGUCCUCCCAUUUUUCCCCUGACCGUGUCUCCACCAUGAGUCCCCCACCCCAAGGUGUGCUCCUACAUAUGCUUUUCUCAUUUUCUUUAACCGUGUAUUAGAGUUGGGGCAAUAUAGCCCCUCCUAUAUUACAGGUUAAGCUUAGCCCACUUUCUUUUCUCAGUGUUUUAGCAAAGUGGGAUAGCCCCACUUAUAGUACAGGAUUAUUU